UGUUUUAAUAUUUUCGCAUUUCUUCUCUCUUUCCGUUUCGUGAAAACAGAUUAAUAAAAGCGUGAAAUAAAAAAUUCCAUAAUAUCCAUGUCCGGCGGAUAUUUUUUAUAAUUUUACGCCAUGGAACUCUGUGUUAGCAACCCUCUUUGUGCAUGAAUUUCGCCGCCGAUUAGAAACUGAAAACAAUUCAGUAAAUUUUGAAAAGUCGUCGCGAGUGGUUGUUUUCCUCAGCAAAUAUUGGUUGUGUUAUGAAUAAGUUUUUCGAAGAGGAAAAAAACGUUAUUGGAAAGCACUCUUUUCGUCUGUUAGGUGUAACGAGACGAGUCAUUAGUACAAUACAUUGAGUGUAGCCUACCUACAGCACAUUGGAAUUCGAACCAUCAAGCUGUACAGUUUUUGUUAAAUAAAACAAAGGAAAAUAAAUUUAGAGGAAAGAGGAAACCGAGUACAAUUUUUGGAAAUUUUCCACCGAAACGUUCGCUGCACUUACGUUGACCGUAAUAAUAUUAUAUAUUGGUGAUUUCACUUUGUACAUUCACACGAGUACAAACGUUUAUUCAUACACACAUACACGUACCUAUACAUAUUGUGGGAAAAUCGAAAAUGGUGCUGACGAACUUCGAGUGUUGGGCACAUGGUGGUGCAGUUAUUGGUAACGAUGGAAUUCCGCUCAAUUCCCGGCACAUGGAUAUGUUUAAUCCGCGUUUGGUACAGCAACGGCUAAAUACCGCUGCGGAUGGCACAUCUUCGGUGUCGCAUAUUUCGUCAAAUGGUUAUUAUGGAUUUUCCUAUGUGAAUGCAGCACAUGAGCUCACGAACAACAACAACCCAGCACUUACACAAAACGCCAACAAUAACAACACAUGUGUGCCAAAUGCAAAUGAUGUCAAUGGCAUGCCUUCGAUGAUGCACAACAGCAUGGAUGUUGGCGUUUCGGUUGUAGGCGCUGCCGCUGCCGCUGCCGGUGCCGGUGCUGCCGGUACUACUGUAUUUGGCACCGGUUUAAAUGCCACACAACGCUGUAAGAAACGCUACUUUGUGAGCGAUGAUGAUUACGCCAACUGUGCGUUGCUCAACGAUUGUGAUAGUGGUGUCGCUGCUGCCGCCGGUCUCGAUGUGUGCGCUUCCAAGCGCUGCCGCUUUGACGAUGACUACGCUGCCGCGCAGUAUUGUAAUGAUUUUUUCUCACUACCCUCAACGCAAAUUGGCACCCAGUCUUGUCUUAUGGACACUGAAGAUGCACAACAACAACAACAGCAACAACAACAACCAGCAGAAGCACCACAACAACAACAACAGGUAGAUGUCAAUAUGAUGGGGGUCGCCGCAAAUUUCAGCAAUCAAACAAGCAAUACAACAACAAGAAAACGCAAUUGGCGAACCAUAAAUUGUGAUAACUUUUUCAUAAAUCAAAAUGCAACUAACCAAAACAACCAACAACACUAUAACAACAACAAUCAAGAUGUCAGACAUUUGAAUGGCAAUGCAGCAACCUACAACCCAAUGGAUUGUGUGGGAAGCGACAGAGUUGAGCACAGCGUGAGGAGUAGUUGUGAGGGUGCUGCUAAAGAUUUUCGAAACAAUCAAUUCGGAGUAAAUAAGUCUGCAAAAGAGCAAACAUUUCCACUUAGUCAAGCGAAGUUCCCUGCAUUUACUAAUGGUCAUCACCACCAUAGUGAUAAUAAUGCCCCGCCUGGAGCGAUUGUUGGAAACAGCAAUAACGAAGACAGCGCUGGCAUAGCAGCUUUGUAUGCAACAACACAUGGUGGGGCAUUCUAUCAAUAUACAGCGGACAGUGGUGGCAAUCAGACGUAUGUGGAGGAUAUUUGAGAGAAUUUGUUGAAGGCGUAGCUACGUAGCUACCAAAGUAAUGUCUUUUUAGUGAAAAAUAAUUACUAAAUAUAUGUAAACAUGACAUAGAUAUUUUCCUUUGUGAAUUGUUUGGAAUUCAUAUAACGAUUUUAUUAGUUGGUAAAACUAAUUAACUAUGAAAUUUAAAUAAAAAUCUAUCUUAUGAAUUCGUAAUAUUUUAAUACAUCAGUCAAAAAUCAAUACAUGCUAUUAUACAAAUUCAUUUCAUUUGAGAUUGUUAAAAUAUAAUCACAAAACCUAUUUGUUGUUGCACAAAUAGUCGAUAAGAAAUUCAAAUUGUGCAAAAGUGAAUCAUCCAGAAAAGACUUAUACGUUCCCGGCUUGAGCACUACGCUCUAAGGGUUUUCAAAUUACUUUAUUAUUAUUAUAAAUUCUUGUACAUACAUACAUAUAAACAUACAUAUAUAUAUGUAACACAUUUACUUUAGAUCAGAAAUUACCGAAAGUGUCCGAAAUACAAAAACCAACAACACCGGUAAACGUUUACACUUAGUAUAUUUACUUUUUUAAUAAUAUAUAAGAAAAUCUAUAUGUAAAACAGAAACAAUAUGAAUUUUAGUUAAUUUUAACUUAUUUAUAAACUAAAAUUAAAAAAAAUCAAAAUCCAAAAAAGAAAAA